CUUUGCUCACUUGUGUGCAGAGGAUUUCAAGGACUUAACUGGGAGUAACAAGUGGCUACAGCAGCUAUUGUUGGUGUCAUUCAUCUACUUAUGGACCACAGAGACAACAUGCAUGUAGCAUAGUCUGCAGUAGGAAUCUGACAGAAGACAAACAUGUGAGCUUGUUCUGCUUUUGUGCAAACAACCCAUUCAGCCUCACUGUAGUGAUCCUUGAAGGAGACGGCCCUCAAGCUUCAUAUAAAUCUGCAUCAUUGCACGUGAAGCAGAACAACAGCUCUGUACAACAACUGCUCUGUUUGUCUCACUUGGUAGCAGUUUUGUUUCUGUCAAAGAAGAGAGAAAGUGUCUCGAAAAGCUCGGAUGCAUUUAUCAAUGGAUACCCUGGGAAUAGUGGACGAUAGUUGCCUUGACAACUAUGACAUGGCAAAAGGUGCCGGGUCAAGUGGUGGAGGCAGGGUUCACAGCAUUGAUGUCAUACUGGGAUUCACGAAGGACCAGGACCCUUUACUACAUUCAGUAGGCGAUGAUGACAGACAAAAAGCCAACGGAGAAAACCCACAGCACCCUGAGAAGCAGGUCCCAUCAGACCCCUAUGGGCACCUUUCAGAAUUGGGUGACAGCUCCCAACAUUCUUCCUACCAUGAUUCAGACCUUUUCUCCAGUGACAAGUGUGACGAAGAAAUGAGCAACAUGCAGAAGGAUGUGGAUGUUGCUGAGGGGUCUCCAGAGGCCAUUACAGAGGAAGAGCACACUAAAAAGAAACACAGAAGAAACCGGACAACCUUCACCACCUAUCAGCUCCAUGAGCUAGAGCGAGCCUUCGAGAAGUCCCACUACCCAGAUGUCUACAGCCGUGAGGAGUUGGCAAUGAAGGUUAACUUGCCUGAGGUUCGAGUUCAGGUGUGGUUCCAGAACCGAAGGGCCAAGUGGAGACGACAAGAAAAGAUGGACACUAGCACCAUGAAGCUCCAUGAUUCCCCCAUGCUAUCCUUCAAUCGUCCUCCGAUGCCUCCAAGUGUGGGGCCAGUGGCUAACCAAAUGCCCCUAGAUCCCUGGCUGACCUCGCCCAUCUCCAGUGCCACACCCAUGCAUACCAUCCCAGGGUUCAUGGGUUCACCGCAGGGCCUGCAGCCUGCCUAUCCAAGCCACAGCUUCCUCAACACCCCACCUGGCAUGGUCCAAGGUAUGCAACCAAUGGGGCCUCCUCCCUACCAGUGCCCACCCAGCUUCAACGAUAAAUACCCGAUGGAGGAUGACAGGAGUUCCAGCAUCGCAGCACUCAGAAUGAAGGCCAAAGAGCACAUUCAGUCAAUGGAUAAAACCUGGCAGCACAUGUGA